UCUACUUCCGGUAUCCCCCUGACAUUUGAAGGCUGUAGCAUUUUGUGGCUUUCCAAGCAAAAUUAUACAUCUGUUCGCUUCUUUAAAUAGGUUUUCCAGUUGAAAGGGAUGUUUCGUAGAAAGCUUACAGCCUUGGACUAUCACAACCCUCCUGGAUUUGACUGUAAAGAUGAAACGGAAUUCAAAAAUUUCAUAGUUUGGCUGGAAGAUCAAAAAAUCAGACACUACAAAAUUGAAGAACGGGGAAAUCUCAGGAAUAUUCCAAGCUCAGACUGGCCUAAACAUUUUGAAAAGUACCUUCAAGAUGUGAACUGUCCAUUCAGCGCUCAGGAAAGACAGGAGACUGUUGACUGGCUACUGGGUCUUGCUGUUCGUUUUGAGUAUGGAGACAAUGUGGAGAAAUAUCGAAACUGCAAACCUGCGACGGAGGCCAGUGAUGCUCAAAAGUCUGUAGACCCAUUAAUUAAUCUGGACAGUAACAAUCCAGAUUUUAAGGCUGGUGUAUUGGCUCUUGCUAAUCUACUCAAAAUUCAGCGGCAUGAAGACUAUUUAGUAAUGCUUAAAGCCAUUAGGAUCCUGAUACAGGAACGUCUGACCCCUGAUGCUAUUGCAAAGGCCAGUCAAGCAAAAGAGGGUUUACCAGUGGCUCUUGACAAGCAUAUUUUAGGAUUUGAUACCGGAGAUGCGACUCUGAACGAAGCGGCCAGGGUUCUUCGCCUGCUUCACAUCGAGGAGCUCAGAGAGUUGCAAACCAAUAUCAACGAGGCCAUCGUGGCAGUUCAGGCCAUCAUCGCCGACCCCAAGACAGAUCACCGCCUUGGAAAGGUGGGCAGAUAAAAACAUCUGCUUGGAGCUUGCCGCAGAGACCACAAGACAUGCUCUGUGAAGUAUGCUUGUUUUCAUUAACCACACCACAGAUAUUUUGUUUGAAUUCAAAAACUGGAGUGUUUUUUUUUUCUUUAUCAUUCAUUUUCUUUGCCCUGUAAUUGAAAAAAUGCAAAGAUUUAUUAUAAAAUGUAAUUUCAUUGUAGCCUUAUGUAGAGGCACUUAUGAAAUGUCACAUGGGUUUCCAUAAAAAGUUGGACUAUUUGUUUUUGUUGCAUAAUAAACCUUAAUGCAACGCAGAAAAGUUUUGUAGGCAGACUGUAAGUUUGUUUUACCCUGGAGCAAGAAAUUCAACCUGUUCUGCUUUAUACCUCCAACUGUGCAUUCGGUAUUUAAAAAAAAAAAAAAAAUCACUGCAGAGCCAAAAAAUAUUUGAAAAUCUGAAACAUAAUGCGAGCAGACAUAACAAAGUUGUCAAUCACAUUUCAUUGUUAUAAAUAUCACAUCUUACAAAAGAUUAAAAAAAAUGAAGGUUGGUAAAAGACCACUUUGGGUAGUACUUUUUUUCCCCAAAGUAUUAUUUUAGUGUAUUAAAAAACAUUCAAAUUACACAACUAAACUCUUAGGGUAUUUUUUUUUUUUUAUUUGUUAGUUUUUUUUAACACAAAAUCACAUACAAAAGUACAGUAGAAAGAAAUGAGGUAUAAAACAAAUUUACAAAACUAUUUUGAGAAAAAAUUCACGCUUUCAUGUUUGUACAUUUGCACUUUGGCAUUGCCGGUGAUGUUCGUCGAGACUUGCGGGUUCUGCGAUCGGCUCUCUUCGGAGUCUACGUGUCCGUCGCGAUUCCCACAGCACAAGCUCUCCAAACUCUCGCCCAAAAUAGCACCAUGUAACGCUGGCUCUGUCAUUAGCGUCUCCCUAUAACACAAUUCGUCGGAAAUCCUUAGAAAGCCACAUUUGGGCAAACACGACAACAUUUAAUUUUCUGCAGGAAAUUGCCUGCUUUCAUAUGCUAGUACAGAUAUACAAACACUUACUCUGAUCUUGUUUGACUGUUUUCUGGUCUGUAAAGAACCGACAUGCUUUGAAGUACCAGUGUGACACCAGUGUUUCAUCGCCGCUGUUAAAACUACAGUGAUUUGGCAGCAGGUGCCUUGUACUUUUCUCUUAAGUGCCUGUAGCUGACGGUUCAUGUCUGAAAUGUGUUAUCCUGUUAUUUGCUGGAAAAGAGGUCAUCCACGUUUUGCUACAUUGUAAACGUGAUGUGCUUUUAGGUGUAUCUGGACAAAUACAGACACUUUAGAAAAAUCUGUUUCAUGCAAUAUUUUUAAAUCACAAA